AGUAGCAUUACAGUGUAAUAACAUUAAUAAACUACUACACAUGCCGGCUGCAGUUGUUCACGCUUCACAAGUUCUAACGGUAUUACUCAUUGUUCGCACAUUGGAUCUCGAUCGGUGUCCAUCGGCUUGCAAGUCCCUGUAAUCGGGAGGAUGCCGGCCACUGUCCUACUUUUCAUCCUGCCACUUUUGCCGCUACUUCCAUACAGUGCAGCCCAAGCAGCCUGGUACGCACAACCUGUACAGGUGACGGUCGGUACGGGUGAGUUCGACCUGAAGAACGCGUCAACAUGGAUGUGGUGUCACCAUUGUGCCGACGAACUGGAUGAAGUAACCGGUGCCCAAACCAAACCCUUCUGUACAGAGAACGAGUGGGAUUUCGAUACGGCCAUGAAACAGUGCCCCAGCAAGUACUGCCAAGUCAGUAUGCGGCGUUUCUCCAAACGAGUCAGCGACUAUCCCACCGUCAUCAACCAUAGGGCAUCAAAAUUAUAA